AUGGCAAGAAGGACGGCAAGUGACGUCGAAGCAUUGCUCAAAGAUGACAACAAAGUCAAAGUGGCAGGCGUGGACGCAGAUGGAGUGCUACGAGGCAAGAUAAUGUCAAAGUCCAAGUUUCUGUCGUGCAUCCGCAGCGAUAGCCAGGGCUUCGGCUUCUGUGGCGUCAUCUUCGGCUGGGACAUCUCAGACACGGUCUAUACACGCGAGCUGGGCAUCUCCAACUCGGCAAACGGCUAUCGCGACCUGACUGCUCGCAUUGACUUUGACUCUUAUCGUCGGAUACCCUUUGAGAACAAUAUUGCGCUGUUCCUCGUGACAUUCAUGGAUCCAGAAGAAGGUCACCUCGGCAAGUCAUUGUGCGCUUGCCCACGCGGUCUGCUCCAACGAAUAACCGCUCAAUAUCGAGAUGAACUCGGCUAUGAAGCUUUAUGCGGCGCCGAGUACGAAUAUUUCCAAUCGGCCCAAUCCGUCGUGGACAAAGGGUUCUCGAACCUGACAGUGCUCACGCCAGGCAUGCACGGCUAUAGUAUGCUACGCACCAGUCUCAAUAGCGAGUACUUUCACGAUCUGUACGAAGAGAGCGCCGCCUUUGGUAUAGAGAUAGAGGGACAUCACACCGAGACGGGACCGGGAGUGUACGAGACUGCACUCGCAUAUACCAACGCCGAAAGAAUGGCCGACAACGCAGCACUGUUCAAGCUGACCGCCAAAACAGUCGGAAUGAAGUAUGGCAUUAUACCCAGUUUUAUGGCCAAACCGCACAAUGGCCUUCCGGGGUGCAGCGGGCAUGUACACUUUUCUCUCAAGUCGCAAGACGGCAAAAAUGUCUUCGCAGUGGAUGAACCUCGGCUCGAUGCAAAGUGGCCCGAUCUCAAGCACGUCUCACGAACGAUGGAGCACUUUAUCGCUGGCAUCCUCCAAGGACUACCAGACGUCAUGCCUUGUCUUGUGCCCACCAUCAACGGGUACAAGCGACUCGUAGAGAAUUACUGGGCGCCUGUCAAUGUCUCUUGGGGUCUAGAGAGCAGGUUAGCGAGCAUACGAAUUAUAUCACCACCUUUGGCCAGUGCAAGUGCUACUCGCGUCGAAGUACGCGUACCAGGAGCAGACAUGAACCCCUACUACACCUUUUCAGCGAUCCUCGCAUUAGGGCUGUAUGGAAUCAAGAACCAGCUUGAGCUAGACAUCCCCCCGAUCACUGCUGGCGCGGACGUAGCCAAGGCAAGCAAACGCCUCGCAAAGACAUUGAAGGAGGCCACAGAUCAGAUGAGUAGCCCGGAAAGCUUGGCUCGCAAGACGCUGGGUGACGACUUUGUAGAUCAUUAUGCUGGCACAAGAGAACACGAAUGGCAAGUCUACAGCCAGACCGUCACCUCAUGGGACCUGGAGAGAUAUCUCGAACUAGCUUAA